UGCCUCCAGGCCUGCGUUUCCGCAUUUCCCUAAAAUUCAGCCCUAUCCUGCGCAUUUCCAAUGUAAAGUGACACCGGGUCCAUAGGAAGAAGAAGUUCGAGAAGCCGUCCGUCCACCGCACAUUACCACGUCUACACUGUUGUGCGCGUGAGUGUUUGAUAAACUCUGCUGCAGACUGAGCAGGAGAGGUGCAAGCAGUUUCUUCAUUGGAACAUUGACGGAAGAUGACACGGUUAACGGUCCAAAUGAUUUUCCUGGCUAUACUUGUAACUUUUGUGGCGUGCAACGCGCCACCAGUACCGUUAGAUGACAUCGCGAUAGAGAAAACGUUCACCCCGGAGCGAUGCGACCGGACGGUGAAACCGGGAGACUUUGUUCGAUAUCAUUAUAUCGGCAUGUUUCCCGAUGGAAAGAAGUUUGAUUCUAGUUAUGACCGUGGCACAACCUAUAACGUUGUUGUUGGCCGGAAGAAGUUGAUCGCUGGAAUGGACAAAGCUUUGGUGGGCAUGUGUGUCAAUGAAAGAUGGAUGAUCAAAGUCCCUGCGGAGCUCGCCUAUGGAAAGAAUGGCUAUGGUGACAUAAUUCCCCCAGACUCUGUCCUCCACUUUGAUGUGUUAAUGUUGGACAUUUGGAAUAAAGAGGAUAAGGUGCAGAUACAAACCUACUAUAAACCAGAGGAGUGCACCCGCACGGUGCAAGUCUCUGAUUAUGUCCGUUACCACUACAAUGGUACUCUACUCGAUGGCACACUUUUUGACUCCAGUCACACACGAAUGCGCACCUAUGACACUUACGUGGGUAUCGGGUGGCUCAUUGCGGGAAUGGACCAGGGACUUCUGGGAAUGUGUGUGGGAGAAAAACGCAUCAUCACCAUGCCACCUUUCCUUGGCUAUGGAGAAAAUGGGGAUGGAAGUGACAUCCCUGGACAGGCCUCUCUGGUAUUUGAUGUGAUUCUGUUGGACCUUCAUAACCCUAAAGAUGAAGUCACAGUAACGGUACAAUCGCUUCCGGAUCCCUGUCCACGCAAGAGCAAAACUGGAGACUUCAUGCGUUACCAUUAUAAUGGAACAUUGUUGGACGGGACAUUCUUUGACUCCAGUUACUCGAGGAAUCAGACAUAUGACACAUACAUUGGGAAAGGCUACGUGAUCGCAGGAAUGGAUCAUGGUCUUAUGAAUGUGUGUAUUGGAGAGCGGAGAAGAAUUACCAUCCCACCGCACCUGGGAUAUGGUGAAGAAGGCACAGGAACUAAAAUCCCUGGCUCAGCUGUGCUGGUGUUUGAUGUCCAUAUUAUUGAUUUCCACAAUCCAUCUGACAAAGUUGAGGUCACCAGUGAAAAGCCUGAAAAUUGCACCUACAAAGCAAAAAAGGGUGACUUUGUAAAAUACCACUACAAUGCCACACUCAUGGAUGGCACUCACAUAGGCUCCACGCACAGCUUUGGUAAGACGUACAAUGUGAUUCUGGGUAAUGGACAGGUGGUCAUAGGCAUGGACGAGGGACUUAUGGGAAUGUGUGUUGGAGAGAAACGCAGGCUAGUUAUUCCACCUCACCUUGCCUAUGGAGAGAGGGGAGUAGAUGGCGAGGUCCCUGGCAGUGCUGUGCUUGUGUUUGAUGUUGAGAUGAUCGACCUGGAGGAGGGCCUUCCUGACGGCUACAUGUUUGUGUGGAACAGUGAAGUCUCACCAGACCUUUUCAGUGUAAUGGAUAAGAACAAAGACAAAGAGGUGGACCGUACCGAGUUUUCCGAAUACAUCCUUCAGCAGGUGGCAGAGGGCAAAGGUCGACUCGCGCCAGGUUUUGAACAACCACGCAUAAUCGAUAAUAUGUAUGAUAACCAAGAUCGCAACAAAGACGGACGAAUCACAGAGGACGAGUUUAAACUCAAGGCAGAUGAAGCAGCCACUCAUGAUGAGUUAUGAGGAGAGACUCAGGGAUGGUGGGUCGUGAUUGGUUGUGUGGUUAACUAUUAUAAUUAGCGGGAGAGGAUUAAUGAUGUCGGAUUUACAAGUGAAGUUUCACUCAGUGUUGUUGAUGAGAAGUGUGCAUGUGUGGAUGUGCUUAAUUGUGUUAAUGUAUGAUUUUUUAUUUGUCUGUUUGAAUGUGUACAGCUUUGGAUUGACGCAAAUGUGGAAAACAAUACUUUGUAAAAAAAUCCCUUAAAAUAAACACAUUCCAACCCCAA